AUGACCAAGCACACACUAUUGUUCGUUUCUCUUCUCCUCCUGUCUGUCUUCCUGGUGGGUUCGAGCAUGGCAGCUACGAAGAAUGUCACUACGGACAAUGUCCCCAUCACUAGGGACAAUGUCCUGAAUUGGGUGAAAAAUGAUACUCGCCGCUUCCUCAAUGCCAUUGUUAGAGUCGGUGAUCUGAAUCGCACCGUUGAGUUUUAUAAAGAGUGCUUUGGGAUGCAGUUGUUAAGCCAAAAGGACUUCCCUGAGAACAACUACAGCAAGGCUAUAGUUGGUUUUGGACCUCAGGAGUCUCACUUUGUGCUGGAGCUGAUAUAUAUCUAUGGAGUUGAUAAAUAUGAGGUUGGGACAGCAUGGGGGCACUUUGGAAUUGCGGCAGAAGAUAUAUAUCCGAUUGUGGAGAAAGUUCGACAAUUGGGCGGGGUCGUGACAAAAGAACCGGGGACAAUUGAAGGGGGAGCGCAAGUUUAUGCUUUUGUGGAGGAUCCUAAUGGCUAUAGCUUCGAGCUCCUCCAGCGAGGGCCAACUCCCGAUCCACUCUGCCAGAUCAUGCUUCAAGUGACCGAUCUGGAUCGCGCUGCCAGCUUCUAUGAGAAGGCAUUGGGCAUGACCAUCCUCUUGAAGUACGAUAGCCCUCAAGAUCAGUUUGCAAUAGCUAUGGUGGGUUAUGGGUCAGAUCAAACUCAGACUACUGUCAUCGAGCUCAAGCACAACUACAACGUGACCGAGUACACCGCAGGCAACGCAUAUGUUCAGGCUGCAUUAGGCACCGACGAUGUAUACAAAAGCGCUGCAGCUGUUGCACAAGAACUUGGAGGGAAGAUUGUUCGCCCGCCAGGCCCGAACCCCAAAACCAACACCACGAUGACUUCAUUCCUUGACCCCGACGGCAGGAAAACCGUUUUGGUGGACAAUGAGGAUUAUUUGAGAGAGAUAAAGAAUAGCGGCCAAUGAGAUCGACGGCUUCAUUGA